AGGGCUUCCUUCCUCCAAUUCCGACUGGACAGGGUAGCAGAGAGGGCAAAAGUGUGAGAGCCUUUAGAAGGAAAGAGCAGGGCUCCAAGCGCCGCGAAGAAUGGCCGAGGCCGACGCACAGCAGACGCUGGAGUGCAGCUCUCCUAGCCAAGCUUGGGUUUCCCCUUAUCCCCGCCUCCUUCGCUAAGCUCGACCCACUUUAGGGCGGGACCACCCACUUCAGCCAAUUCUGGAAGCCGAACCCUGGCGGUUUGUACUAUUUCUUUCCAAUAAGAAAAAAAGGAAGCAGCUUGGCUCCAAUGACCAAUCCGAGGAGGCGGCGCCUGGUUGUCAGGCAGUUUUGCAGGAGUUCGGGCCAAUUGGAGGCGCAGGCACCGCUCGACCCGGGCGCAGCGCGCAGGCGGUGGCGAAGAGACGCCGAACGGGCCGAGUGCGGCCGAGCAAAGCCGGAGCCGGAGCGGGGCCGCAGGAGACGGGCCGGGUCCGGACGGGCCGAGAUGCCCUAUAAACUGAAAAAGGAGAAGGAGCCCCCCAAGGUUGCCAAAUGCACAGCCAAGCCUAGCAGCUCAGGCAAGGAUGGUGGAGGCGACAACACUGAGGAGGCCCAGCCGCAGCCCCAGCCCCAGCCCCAGCCCCAAGCCCAGUCUCAGCCACCGUCGUCCAACAAGCGUCCCAGCAAUAGCACGCCACCCCCCACGCAGCUCAGCAAAAUCAAGUACUCAGGGGGGCCCCAGAUUGUCAAGAAGGAGCGACGGCAAAGCUCCUCCCGCUUCAACCUCAGCAAGAAUCGGGAGCUGCAGAAGCUUCCUGCCCUGAAAGAUUCGCCAACCCAGGAGCGGGAGGAGCUGUUUAUCCAGAAGCUACGCCAGUGCUGUGUCCUCUUUGACUUCGUGUCAGACCCACUCAGUGACCUCAAAUUCAAGGAGGUGAAGCGGGCAGGACUCAACGAGAUGGUGGAGUACAUCACCCAUAGCCGUGAUGUUGUCACUGAGGCCAUUUACCCUGAGGCUGUCACCAUGUUUUCAGUGAACCUCUUCCGGACGCUGCCACCUUCGUCGAAUCCCACAGGGGCUGAGUUUGACCCAGAGGAAGAUGAGCCCACCCUGGAAGCUGCUUGGCCACAUCUCCAGCUCGUGUAUGAGUUCUUCUUACGUUUCCUUGAGUCUCCUGAUUUCCAGCCAAACAUAGCCAAGAAGUACAUCGACCAGAAGUUUGUACUUGCUCUCCUAGACCUAUUUGACAGUGAGGAUCCUCGAGAGCGAGACUUCCUCAAGACCAUUUUGCAUCGCAUCUAUGGCAAGUUUUUGGGGCUCCGGGCUUAUAUCCGUAGGCAGAUCAACCACAUCUUCUACAGGUUCAUCUAUGAGACGGAGCAUCACAACGGGAUUGCUGAGCUCCUGGAGAUCCUGGGCAGCAUCAUCAAUGGCUUUGCCCUGCCCCUUAAAGAAGAGCACAAGAUGUUCCUCAUCCGUGUCCUGCUUCCCCUUCACAAGGUCAAGUCCCUGAGUGUCUACCACCCUCAGCUGGCAUACUGUGUGGUACAAUUCCUGGAGAAGGAGAGCAGUCUGACUGAGCCGGUAAUUGUGGGACUUCUCAAGUUUUGGCCCAAGACCCACAGCCCCAAGGAGGUGAUGUUCUUGAAUGAGCUGGAGGAGAUUCUGGACGUCAUUGAACCUUCCGAGUUCAGCAAAGUGAUGGAACCCCUCUUCCGCCAGUUGGCCAAGUGCGUCUCUAGCCCCCAUUUCCAGGUGGCAGAGCGUGCUCUCUAUUACUGGAACAAUGAGUACAUCAUGAGCCUGAUAAGUGACAAUGCUGCCCGAGUCCUCCCCAUCAUGUUCCCUGCACUCUACAGGAACUCCAAGAGCCACUGGAACAAGACAAUCCAUGGGCUGAUCUACAAUGCCCUGAAGCUGUUUAUGGAAAUGAAUCAGAAGCUGUUUGAUGACUGCACACAACAAUACAAGGCAGAGAAGCAGAAGGGCCGGUUCCGAAUGAAGGAAAGGGAAGAGAUGUGGCAAAAAAUCGAAGAGCUGGCCCGGCUUAAUCCCCAGUAUCCCAUGUUCCGAGCCCCUCCACCACUGCCCCCUGUGUACUCGAUGGAGACAGAGACCCCUACAGCUGAGGACAUCCAGCUUCUGAAGAGGACUGUGGAGACUGAGGCUGUUCAGAUGCUAAAAGACAUCAAGAAGGAGAAAGUGCUGCUGCGGAGGAAGUCGGAGCUGCCCCAGGACGUGUACACCAUCAAGGCACUGGAGGCGCACAAGCGGGCGGAAGAGUUCCUAACUGCCAGCCAGGAGGCUCUCUGACCCCUCACAUUCCUACCACAGGGCCACAGCCCACACAGCCCUGGGACACUGCCCUGGCCCUCCACACUCUGCUCCCUAUUGGCUGACUUGGGGGAAGGCAGCGCCUCUCUAGCUACUCAAGGGAGGGGGGAUGUGGGCACUUGAAGCAGGGACACCCACAGAAUGGUCCCUCUUCUUCCCAAAAGGUGUUCAUGCCUCCCUGUGGCUAGUACAGGCUGAGCACUAAGAUGCUUAGUGCUCAGACAACCUGGGGAUGCUUGUCCCCUACUUGCUCCUCACCCACAGCUACCUGAGGCUGCUCUGAGAAGUACACACAGGAAUACAUACGCUCCUCUAGUCUUCCCUUCAUCCUCAUUUGAACGCCAGGUAUCUCCCUUCCUCUCUCUCCCCUGCAGAGGCAUGUAGGGAACAGCAGGAGAUUAUUCUCACCAAAGUUAUGUCAAGCCCCAUUGGCCCCUGGAGUAGCUGAAGGGAAGCCAACCCCCCUGCAGCACAAAUAGGCCCCCCAGCCCCAGCUGUGUGCUGGCAGAUAGGGUUGUAUUAUUUCUUCUUACCCCAUGCCUGACCAAGGGAGGUCAAAAGGAGAAAAGUAUAGGCUGUGGACAAUAACUGAUGAAUAUAGGGCCCAGAUGGACCAAGUGGGGCCAGGGAGGGAUGAAAAAACACCCUACCCCGUGCCCUGUCUUUGAUGAGCAGCAGCCCUGGGGUCACAGACAUGGAAGGGACCACCCUGGGGCUGACUGCUUUUCUGUGCUGUUGGUUCCCAAAACUAGAAAGAAGGAAGCAGGGAGCGGUGCCCCAAGCAUGGCUCCUGCCAACACCUAUUUAUUUCCUUGUUUGUGCUAUGCUGGGCAGGCCUUCUCUUGUCCCUUGUAGGUACCUCGGAGGGGCCAGGGGCUGAGGAGGGCUGGACCCAGGUUCCAGGGGCGCAGGCAGUGCGGCUUUUGGCUGUGUACAUAGGGUGCUUUAUUCUCCACAGAGUGAUACAUGCUAAGGUGGGUUGGGCUUGGACCGAUGUCCCCAUAUGUACAGAACUGAAUAAAGUGGGUCUCUGAGAA